AUGGUGGUGGGCAUGGAGCGGUUCCAGAGCUGGCCACAUCUUGGGAGGAAAGCCCACGCAGCAACAAAGGCCAACAAGGCCCAAAUAAGUAAAGAAAUAAAAUCGCAUUUAAAAAAUGAGGAGGGCAGAGUGUCGGGAGAGCAAGAAAGGGCAGUGCAGUGUUCAAGGGGUCAGCAGCAUCAGAAACAUCAUCGUCCUCAGUCCCCGCGGAGCAGCGGAGGGAGCCGUUCCCAGCGACAGCGGGAGCUGUAUGCAGAGUCCCCUUCGACCGAGGGUGUGGUCAGUCCGGGGGACAGACACCGGAGGGUGGAAGCGAUGCGUGCCCACCCUCAUUCUCUUCUUUCCUGCUGCGGCUUCCCGAGGACUGACUCCAGCUGGAGUCCGGAGGGCAAGGGGUCUCGCCGGUGUCGUCUCCAUGGGAAAGGGCUCUCCAUGGCAGAGACGGCUGAGGAGGGCACAGUGGAUCCGGAGGAGCGAGCGGAAGACGUCCAAUACAGACACGGAGGGCUGGAGGGCACGGGGGCGUCGGCCAGUGUGGAAAGAAGCCGGAGAGCCCACGGGCUCUUAGCUGAAGCAAGGUGGCCUGGUCAGAAGCCGGGCUGCCGGGGUGCUCCCGCUGCUGCCCUGGGAGGACCGCCCGCGGCCAGCGGUCAGCUCCCUUGUGAUGGAGUGAUGCUCGGCUGUGCAGCGGGCUGUCCAGCGUCCAGGUCAUAA